GGCUGCCCCACCGGUCACCGGCCACUGUGCAAUUAAAAAGCUACCACUGCCAAAAAAGCUACUCUCCACUUUGCAGGUCCUCUCCUCCUCUUCAAUGGCGGAUAUCUCCCUUCCUUCAGAAAUUGAUCCUCGCAGCGGUUUCUGCAAGUCCAACUGCACCUUCUACAGCAAGCGAAACCCCAUCCCACUCCCUUCCAACCACUCGCUCGAUGUCACCACUUUCAUCUCCGCCCGCUCCCACCAUGGCAAGGUCGCUUUCAUUGACGCCGCCUCCGGCUUCCGCCUUACUUUCUCCCACCUCUGGAGAGCAGUUGAAGGUGUUUCCACCUCUCUGUUUGAAGAUUAUGGUGUUCGCAAAGGUCAGGUUGUCCUUCUACUCUCCCCUAAUUCAAUCUACUUCCCGAUUGUUUGCCUCGCCGUCAUGUCGCUCGGCGCCGUCGUCACCACCACCAAUCCUCUCAACACCUCCGGCGAGAUCUCGAAACAGAUCGCCGAUUCCAAGCCGGUCCUCGCCUUCACAAUUCCGCAACUCCUCCCGAAAAUUGCCGCCGCAGAUCUGCCAAUCGUUCUCCUCGCCACCGAACGCGUUGCUGCGACUGCUCUGAGUUCCUCCAAAUUAAGGAUCGUCGCGACAAUUGAGGAGAUGAUGAAACGAGAACCAAACCAGAGGCGAGUGAAGGAACGAGUCGAACAAGACGACACCGCAACACUUCUCUAUUCCUCCGGCACCACCGGCGCCAGCAAAGGUGUCGUCUCCUCACACCGGAACUUGAUUUCAAUGGUCCAAGUAAUUGUGAACCGCUUCAAUCUAGACGUCGAGAAGCAAACAUUCAUCUGCACUGUACCGAUGUUCCACAUCUACGGACUAGCAGCUUUCGCCACCGGCCUAAUCGCCUCCGGCUCCACCGUCGUAAUCCUUUCCAAAUUCGAGCUGGACGAAAUGCUAAUGGCAAUCCAGAAAUUCUCCGCCACCUAUCUGCCCUUAGUUCCCCCAAUCCUGGUAGCCUUAGCCAACAAUGCCGAGAUCAUCAAAAAGAAGUACGAUCUGAGCACCUUACAUUCUGUGAUCUCCGGCGGCGCACCGCUGAGCAAAGAAGUUAUCGAAGGUUUCUCGGAGAAGUACCCAAACGUAGUGAUUAUGCAGGGCUACGGGUUAACAGAAUCCACCGGAAUCGGAGCGUCGACAGACAAUCUAGAGGAAAGCCGAAGGUACGGCACAGCGGGGCUACUGUCGCCGAGCAUGGAGGCGAAGAUCGUGGAUCCAGACUCCGGCGAGUCUUUGCCGGCGAAUCAUACGGGAGAACUUUGGCUAAAAGGCCCCACCAUAAUGAAAGGCUAUUUCAGCAACGAGGAAGCCACAGCCUCUACCCUGGAUUCAAAGGGCUGGUUGAGAACCGGAGAUCUGUGCUACUUCGACGAGGAUGGAUUCCUCUUUGUGGUCGACAGGUUGAAGGAGCUCAUCAAAUACAAAGGCUAUCAGGUUCCUCCUGCAGAACUAGAGGCCCUCUUACUCACCCACCCUGACAUAAUUGAUGCAGCUGUCAUACCCUUCCCUGAUGAGGAAGUGGGGCAAUUUCCAAUGGCGUAUGUGGUCCGGAAAGGUGGGAGUGGCAUAACAAUAACAGAGAGUGGAGUUAUGGAUUUUGUGGCCAAACAGGUUGCACCGUACAAGAAAAUCCGGCGGGUGGCUUUUAUAGCUUCAAUUCCGAAGAAUCCGUCGGGCAAGAUUCUGAGGAAGGAUCUCAUCAAGCAGGCGGCUCUCUCUAAAAUAUGAUUAUUUAUUAAGGCAGAAUUUCAGUUCCAUCGUGUGUUUGUAAUAGUGAAUUAUUAAUAAUUAUAAAGAUGGGUAAUGAGCAAAAACAUAUGACAAAUAGAAGCCACUAAGUACAAGGAUUUGCUGUAGCAAUAUGUUGGAUUCUCCAAUAUUCAUUUUUGUGAUAGUUCGCUCUAAAAACAACAAUAUAACUAUAUUGAAAUGAGAUAAAAUAAAUGGAGUAUUUUUCAUUUGAUA